CUUAGCGAAAAAGUAAACAGAAAGAACUGUCAAACUGUCACUCGCAGUAAAACUUUAUUCAAUUUCUUUACGGAAAUUAGUUGUAAAAAUUGUGCAAUUCGCUCAUCCUAAUAAGUUUUCCAACAAAUCUCGGUUUAGGGUUUUUUAAUUGACACUCAGGGGUUAUCGAAGUUACCGGAAUGCUCGGCCAAUUGUCAUGUAAAAGAUUCCCUGUUUUAAGGAGAACGCUAUCAACAGCACCAAAAAUCAAUCCUGCAAUACUGUCCAACACGAAAGCCUUAGAUCGCUACAAACCGGGUGGAUACUAUAAUGGGUUUGUUUGCACGCAAAGUCAGUUUAUCAAGGACUUCAAUAUGACUGCUUAUCAGUUCUCGCACGAGAAAACCGGUUUGGAGUAUUUGCAUAUUGACCGGAAGGAUUCCAACAAUGUGUUCUCCAUCAACUUCCGUACCACUCCCUUCGAUUCUACCGGGUUGCCGCAUAUUUUGGAGCAUAAUGUCCUUUGUGGAUCGCAACUGUUUCCAGUAAGGGACCCAUUUUUCAAAAUGCUCAAUCGAAGCUUGGCCACUUUCAUGAAUGCGAUGACCGGUCCGGACUACACACUGUAUCCUUUUUCAUCUACCAACGAAGUAGAUUACAGAAACUUGCAGUCAAUCUAUUUGGAUGCCGUUUUCAGACCAAAUUUGAAAUAUUUGGACUUUUUGCAAGAAGGAUGGCGGUUGGAACACUCAGAGUUGCAGAAUAAAAAUUCCGAACUGGUUUUCAAAGGUGUGGUGUAUAAUGAAAUGAAGGGAGCAUUUUCGGAGAAUUCUGCUGUUUUUGGACAAAAGUUUUUCAAUCAAAUACUGCCGGACCACACGUAUGGGCACGUAUCUGGGGGAGAUCCGCUGGAGAUACCAAAGCUGACCCAUGACGAUUUGGUGAACUUCCAUCGUAAAUACUAUCACCCCAGUAAUGCUAGGAUCUACAGUUAUGGAAAUUUUGAUCUGGAUAAAACAAUGGAUUAUGUGCACCACCAAUAUUUGAGCAAUUUCGAAAGAAUUGAUUCAAGCUAUAGUGUCAUUCCUUCUCAGAAGCGUUGGGCGAAACCAGUCCAGAGUCAUAUCCAAAGUCGCUACGAUAAUAUGGGAGCACCGCUAGAACGACAAAACCAAAUCGCAAUAGGAUACUUAACGGCAGAUAUUACCGACGUAUAUGAAUCUUUCGUAAUGUACAUCCUGACUGAGCUACUGGUGAAGGGUCCGAAUUCGUACUUUUAUAAGAGCCUCAUUGAACCGAACAUCUCCGGGGGCUACAAUCAGUUGACCGGUUUCGAUCCACAUAUUCGUGAUACGAUGUUCGUCGUGGGAUUGCAAGAUCUUCCGGUGGAAGAUUUCGGAAAGGUCCAGACAAUUUUUGACCAAACAAUCGACGAAGUCAUUGAGAAGGGCUUCGACAACAACCAUCUAGAAAGUGUGUUACACCACAUUGAGUUACAUAUGAAACAUCAAUCGACAAAGUUUGGGUUGGGAUUGUUAUUCAACCUGACACCUUUAUGGAACCACAACGGAGAUUUGAUCAAGUCAAUGAACGUCAGUGCCCUAGUUGAGCAACUGAGGGAUAAUCUCGCAAGUGAGCCAAAGUAUUUGCAAAGAAAGGUUGAGUUUUAUUUCCGGAACAACACCCACCGGUUAACUAUGACUAUGUCACCAGAUGAGAAGUAUGAUAAAAAGUUCAAUGAAAGUGAAAAGAAAAAUUUGAUUGGAAAGGUCGAGAAACUAACAGACAUCGAUCGAGAACGUAUUUUCAAGGAAGGGGUGAAGUUGUCGGAAGAGCAGAAAUCAAUUCCAAAUACUGAAGUAUUGCCAUGUCUCAAAUUGGAGGAAAUUCGCAAAUCUGCCGAGAAUAGUAACAUAAAGCAGAAACUGAUUGGAAGCGUGCCGAUCCAAACAGUUCAGGUCAACACCAAUGGUGUGACCUAUUUCCGAGGUAUUCUAGAUGUCAAGGAACUUAGCGAGGAGCAAAAACUGUUGCUUCCGCUGUUCAAUGCUGUAAUCAAUCAGUUUGGCACUAAACACAUCAACUAUCGCGAUCUGGAUCAACUGAUCAGCUCAAAAACCGCAGGUAUCAACUUCAGCACGCAUCUGGUCGAAGACAUCAACGACAACGGACGGUACGAGUUUGGAGUUUUGUUUGGAUCGUAUGCCCUUGAGAAAAACGUACCGGAUAUGUUCGAAAUACUGAGCAAAAUUUUCAAAGAAAUAGAUUUAUCUGAUGUCAACCGAUUCGAAAUGCUGCUAGAAAACUAUAUGUCGGAGCUCUCGGUUGGAAUUGCACAAUCCGGUCACCUAUAUGCCAUGCAAAGUGCUAACGGGUUAGUAACUGAAUCAGGCAGAUUGAGGGAACAGCUCAUGGGAAUCGAACACAUUGCAUUUAUGAAAAAUUUGACGAAAAAUAAUUCGCCCGAGCAGGUUCUCGAAAUGCUACGUCUAGUGGCCGAAACGCUAUUUAAGAAAGCUAGUCUUCGGUGCGCAUUGAACUACGAUACAGACAGUGAAUCGAAAACACUAUCUCACUAUGAGCAAUUUAUCUCUAGCAUUCCAUCUCGUGUAUCGAAAACUACAUGGAACAUUUCCAAGACUUUGGAUCCCUCAUGCCGCCAAACGGUAAUGAACAUCCCGGUCAACUAUUGCGCCAAAUCGAUCGUGACGGUACCGUACUCUCAUCUGGACUAUGCACCUCUCAAAGUGCUAGCCAAGUAUUUGUCCUCCAAAUACCUGUUGCCGGUUGUGCGGGAGCAGAAUGGAGCUUACGGAGCAGGUGCUAAAAUAUCCACUGACGGGUUGUUUAACUUCUUCAGCUACAGAGAUCCAAACUCAAGGGGAACGUUGGACGUUUUUGAUCAGGCAUACCAGUGGACCGUUGACAAUCUUAGCAAAAUGGACGGUCAAACGUUAUUUGAGGCCAAGCUUGGUGUGUUGCAGCAACUGGACGUUCCCAUUGCACCCAUCGAUCAGGGAAUGGAUCUCUUCCGACACGGUAUCGACGAGGCGCGAUUUAGUCAGCAUCGAGAUGAGGUACUUGCAGUUAGUAAGGAUCAAUUGAUGCAGGUCAACGAAAGGUACCUGAAGCCAGGUGCCGUCGAAGUAGUCGGAAAAAGCGUCCUCGGUCCUCAAAACGAUGGCCUCGCAAAAAAUGGCGAAAACUGGACCGUGUUUGCAUUGUGAACUAUUAAUAAUUGAUAAGUUAAGUUAUUGGCAGCCGUUGGCUGUUUUGUUAUAAAUAAAAUUAAAAUAACUGAUUA